AUGGGAGGCCAUCAGGGAGGUCUUCCCACGCCGAGCUCCGCCGUCCAGCCGCAAGGGCCCGACUGGACGGGGGCGCCCACCACCACCGCUGCCCCCCACCAGAGAGCCACGGCGAGAGGGGCCGCCCGCGACCUGGUCGCACACGACCCGCAGCGCCAGAGGAGGCUCGCCGUUGCUGUCGGGAGGCAACCGCCGCCGAAACCCGCCCGCCGGCCUGCACCACCACGUGCCUUGCCGCCCAUCACGCAGCCACCAUGCCACCGCCAUCGGCCCCCGCCGGAGCGCCGCUGCGCCGCCGCGCUCGACAUCCAGCGCCGCGUCCCGGCCCGCGAGAUCCGGCCCGCGCCGAGAUCCCCGCGUGAGGAGAUGAGGGAAGCCCCGCAAAUGCCGGCGACAACCGGGCUUCGCCCGCUCGCGCCCCACGGCGACGGCGAGGGAGGAGGAGAGGAGGAGGGAAGGAGAAGCGGCGACGCUAGGGUUUCCUCCCGGACGCUCACGGGAGCGUCUCGGGAGGAGGGGGGAGGGGCCGUUCAAGCAGAGGGAGGAGACUAG